CAACACUCUGCGGCGACCCUCCUCAUUUCCUCCUCCGUCCCGGCCUGAACACGACGCCUCGCCGCCUUGCCUUCCCACCCGGCCAUCCGGCGAGCCACCGGCGCCGCGCCACCCGCCUCCCAACCCCACCUCCAGAAGGAGCGCCCAGGCUCCUUCCGCCGGACUCGGCGCUUGAGCCCCGACGGAAGCGGCCUGGCCCGCCCGCCGCCCCGGUAAAACCCUACUGCUUCCACUGACCCGUCUGAGGCCACCGACGUCGGCUCCGAUGGCGUCCUUCCCGCCGCCGCACGCGCUUCCUCCAGCCCCAACAGCACCCUACCCCGCAACUCCACCGCCUCUGCACCAGCAGCACCAGCAGCAGCCGGGGCCCGCUCCGGCGGGGGCGGCGACGUUGCUGGUGCGGCACCUCCCGGAGGCGAUCACGCAGGAGAUGCUCUCCCGCCUCUUCUCCCACUACGGGGCCACGUCCGUGCGCCCUUGUGCCGGUGUAAAGCUGAGGAAUUGUGCAUUUGUAGAUUUUAGGGACGAGGCCGCGGCCAAUCACGCACAUUCGUUACUGAACAGGUUGAGGUUCCUCGGGAAAGUGUUAAUAGUUGAGAGAGCAAAUCAGCCAAACACAAAUAAUGCACAUGUUAAGCCUCAGGACCAAUUAGUGCAUGGGGUGUCCCAGGUACCAAGUAUUGGUUCCCAGAAUCAGAAUAAUCCUUCAUCAACUGCUGAACCAAUUGCUCCAAAGCUUGGUGUGGAUUAUUCAUUUACUCCGCACCUUGAUUUUGGAAUUGAAGACCUCUUGUUCUUUGCUGAAGUACUUUCUGCCGUACACUAUUGGCAAUCCUAAACCACCUCACUUGCUCGAGCUUGAUCCAAGUGCUCUGCAUCUUUUUAGGUAUGCAUAUCCACCACCAGAUGGAAACAUAUUGACAAAUAUUGUCAAUGCCCUCAUUGCCGUCCCUCGAUUCUACACACAGGUGUUGCACUUAAUGAACAAGAUGAACCUUCCAGCUCCAUUUCGGAUGGCGUUGCCUACUCCACCGCUACCAUCACAAGUGCCUGCUCCCCCUCAUCCUCCGCCACCACCGCAACCCGAGGAACCUCGUUCAGCAGAUUUGUCUAGUGAUGAGUCUGAGUUGGAAUCAUCCGAUGACGAUGUUGAUAAACGGAAAAGCAAGCGUGCAAAGCAUGAAGCUAUUGUUGGUCCUGCAGUUGACAAAAGUGUUGCUCAUGAAGCUGUUGGGGUAAAACCUGCUGCAUUGGUUUCUACUGAGCUUCAAGUGAUCAAAAAGAAAAACCCAGUACUCCAGAUAAAAAUUGCCCCUAAGACUGCACAGAAGGAACCACCUGUACAAAGUACAGCUGACAAGGAAAUGGAUUCAACAAAUGAACAGCUUGAAGAGAAACAUUUUGUCACACCCCAGGAAAUAGAGAAAGAUAAAUUACCACCAGAGGAGAUUUUGUCCCUUCCUAUGUUCAAGAAUUACACUCCAGGAAAUCCUGCCGCUGUUUUGUACAUUAAGAACUUGGCAAAGGAUGUCACUCAUGAUGACUUCUUCUAUGUCUUUGGAUCUCUUUUCGAAAGUAUGGACACUGUAAGAUCGGGUCUAAGUAUCAAGUUAAUGCAGGAGGGACGGAUGCGUGGUCAAGCCUUUGUGACAUUUCCUACUGUUGAACUCGCUCAAGAAGCUCUGAAUCUAGCUCAUGGCUACGUGUUCAAAGGAAAACCAAUGAUCAUACAAUUUGGUAGAAAUCCUACUGCUAAUAAAGCUUCAUAGGGCAGUUUGUGUUUUUCUCUCCUGAUUUUGACAGUUUUCAGAAGUUGGUACGAACUGGAAAGUGUGAAUCAGAGGCUGUAGGUAUCUGUUGUUGGUUGGAUUGGUUGAUUGAUUCCACCCAUAGUGUAAUGGAUAAUUGCUUGCUAGAUGUUUGGUGAAGAACACGGAGAUUCAGUUUUCCGACCAUUGAAAAAUUGUUCUUUUGGAUA